UUUGGGUGGCAUAAAAUGGUUUGCUCUUGAACUUAGUGAUACAUUGGUGUAGUUUGUAAGGAUUUUUAGAUAUAAGAAUGGCACCCGAAAGACCCAUUUCCCCUCAGGAAGAAAUUAUUCUGACUCCAAAGAUGUCAGUACCGGGAAGUCCUGUUGCAGGUACUCCCAUGAGAGAUGCUCAGUCCCCCAUAUCAAUUCUCUUGGCAGUAGCCCAGAGUCAGAGCAGAAGCCCAGACGACGAUCUUACCAGUUUAAAUUGGUUACAUGAACGUGAUUUACUUAAAGGUAUUAGCAUAAAUCUGUUUUCCUGUAUGAAUAUCAACCCAUCACCAUCGAACAGUAUAAAUUCAACUCCAAUCAAAUACCAGAACAACAACUGUAUCGUAGACGAGAGAUCGAGCACAAGCGAUUACAUUGACGAAUCGUCAGUUUCGGCAGGUGAUUCGUCGAGUAGAUCCGUAAAUUCCCCAUCACCGUGCCAGAACCAAAACGGAAAUAACCAACGCUCAAAACAUCCUCAUAAUAUUCCAUAUGACCCGUUAGUCCAUACAAACAACAAACCGCCAUAUUCCUUCUCUUGCCUUAUUUUUAUGGCCAUAGAGGAUUCCAUGCAAAAAGCUCUGCCAGUGAAGGAAAUAUAUUCUUGGAUUUUGGAGCAUUUCCCCUAUUUCAAGAAUGCCCCGACCGGUUGGAAGAAUAGCGUCCGCCACAAUCUCUCACUAAACAAAUGUUUCCAAAAGGUUGAAAAGGCCCCUAAUCUCGGCAAGGGUUCUCUGUGGACGGUAGACCCUCAGUACAAGCCGAAUCUAAUCCAGGCUCUAAACAGAUCUCCUUUCCAUCCCUGCUCUACCUUGGAGUCUUCCUCGUAUUACGGCAACAAACCCCAACUGGUAGUCUCAGAUAAAAGUUCCAUAUACCGCCUACCAAACCCAGACUUAUUCCCAUUUCUGUCUAGGAAAUUAGCCGCUACUGAGAUGAAUAACCAUAACAGUGUAAAAUGCGAACGGGAGGAGUCUUUGGACGCAGUCGAUGCGGCCGCAGUUAUGCUAAGUUUGAAGAACGGGCCCAGGGUUAGUUGUAAGAAGGAGAAAUGCGCUUGGCAGGUCAUAACCACCUCUCCGAGCCAGGAUCACACUUAUAGUGCCGCCGAUAAUGCCGUUCCAGGCAGUAACGGGUCUUUGGAGGGCAAUGAAGACAGGAUGGCGAAGAACCACAUUUGUCGCAAAAUCGAUUUCGAAGACGACGAAGAGAGGAAAAUCAAAGAAGGGGCAGAAACUCUACUUAACCUAGCGGGUAUAACGACUAGGAAACGUAACAAUUCGCUUUGUCACGGCGACGAGGCGAACAAGAAACUGAAGUUUUCUCCCCACUGCGACAUCAACAAAAAUGAAUCGGAAGAAAAACCUAUUCCGUUCAAGCCUAGAUUGCUCCGGGCUAAGAGGAAAGAGAACAGUCAGAAGGCUGUCUUCAACAAUAACAGCGACGAAUGGGUGAGACAUAGACGUGAGUUAGAAAGGAAUCAGAACAGGUAAUCAAAAGCCUUAAAUUAAUUAGGAAAUUUUUCCCUAUACAGAAUUUUUAUUCUUCUUGUUAUAAAAUAACUUUAAUAUAUUUUAUGUUUUUGUUUACAUAAUAAAAAAAUUCAUCUAUUUAUAAUAAGGAUUGUUUUCUAUCGAGUUAGACUGACUGAAAAUUAUUUAUUAUCUUGCAACAGUUAUAGUUAGUACAUUUAAGGUGGUAUUAAUUAUUUUCUUUGAGCAUACCUUAAUCUUUUUACAAUUUAGUAUUAUGUAAUUUCCAUACUAGUAAUAUUUAAUUUUUUUGCGUUUAGGUGUCGUUAACCAUAUACAAAACUCAGUGGCGACUUGUGACAUUGAGAAUAGUUGAAGCAUAUUCAUAAGCAUAAAUUUUCAAAGUCAAACGGCCUUAAAUGAAUCUGAAAAUGUUUGGUUGCAUUUGCAAUAUUACCGAAAAACUGACGUUCGUGAGAAGGAUUUUCAUUUAAAUUUUAUAAAAAAUAGAAAUA